ACUUAUUACUUGUGUCUCUGUACACAACGAAUGGGGGCCUUGGCCCAUGUCGUAGCUGCUAUCGGCAUCAUCAUCUCCUCUAUCAGUGCUCUAUCGCAUCCUGCAUGCUACGUCGACCCAGCUCUCCAUAGACUCGCUGCCAAAGAGUUUACUGUACAUGGCCUCCUCCUCCACAACAACCUGCCCCGUGUCUGCUUCCCACAAGACGCACCAAAGUCUGUACCCGCUGCUGGAGAUGUGACACUUGCGUAUGUGACGCCUUGGAAUCGAGAUGGAUAUACAGAGACGUUAUUGCAUGCCAAUAAAUUGACCCAUGUCUCACCAGUUUGGUAUACCCUCAAAAUCACAGCUCCGAAAGGUGGCUUCAAAGAUGGUUCACGACCUGCUGAGGUGGUAUUGGAAGGUGAAGCUGAGAUCAAUGCCACUUGGCUUCAACAACUGCCAAGACACAUUCAAGUGGUGCCUCGCUUUCAAGUCCAAUUCGACACAUCAGCAACACUCCGACAAGUCUUGUUCUUUCCACGUAACGAGCUGAUUGAUGCAGCCAAGAGAAUGGCGUUGCUUAUGAAAGAAACGGGCCAGCGACGUGGGUAUGAUGGGUUAGUCUUGGAACUCCCGGCGUCUGCCAUGCCAUUCAAGAUGUUCAUCCAAACACUCAGCCAUGAACUCAAGCGACAAAAUCAAUCACUCAUCCUUGUGAUUCCAGCAGAACACGGACUCGGUACUUCUCGUGCAUUUAAAAGACAAGAGGGUCAUGGGAUCUCACGACGGGAAUUACAGAUUCUUUCGCCGUAUAUUGACUUAUUUUCACUUGUGUCGUAUGAUCAUGCGCAAUCAACGGGUCGGGAAGUUGGGAAUAGUCCUGUACGUUGGUUACAGCUGGUCUUGGAUAAGUUGACAGGCAUCCGGACACAGCAGAGUGGACGGCCUGGUAUUGAUGGAUCUGCAGAUGCAGAACUGGAUGCAUUGGAAGACGAGGACGAGGACGAUGAGGAUGAACAGGACGACGAAGACGACACUGCAGAGGGCAUCAGAGGAACAGAGGUGGAUGUAUCUCGCAAGAUCCUACUUGGCAUUCCCUUCUAUGGCUUCACCAUGACAAGCGACGGUGUCUUGAACACCAUCACAAAAACAGAACUCCUCUCCCUCCUGCAAUUCUCUAUGAAUGGUCUACGCCUGAACUGGCUCGAUGAAGAUAAGGAACAUGUUUUUGAUAUGCCAAUUUGGCGAAUCUGGUUCACCUCCCUUCUUGGCUUACUCUGGCGCGUUCAUAUUGCACGAGAACGCGUGGGUGGUGUUGCCAUAUGGGAUGCAGGACAAGGUCUAUCCAUCUACUACGAUGUGCUCUAAAGAGCCAAGAAAAGCUUCUGUAGGAGGCAUAUACAAAAAAGAGGCCAAUAAGAGCAAAUG